AUGAAGCUGGAUGAACUGCCACCUGAGCUGUUAUUUAAAAUUUCAACUUAUUUGACUUUGUUCGAUAUUGGAUACUCAUUGAUGGGUGUCUCUAAUCAUCUAGAUAGGUUGCUUGCUGAAAAUAAAAAUGAUCGUCGUACACUGGCUUUUCACGAUGGUCGUUGUUCGUAUUCUCUUUAUCGAGCUUUUCUAGACGAUCACAAUGGUUUCCGUACACGUUGUUUAAGUCUUUUUAUUCGUUCAUUGGUAUUGGACGGUUUUUGCAACAUAACAUGUGCUUAUGGUAUUCUCUCUAAAUGGGCUGAUAGCACACCUUCAUUCUUACCUUCUGUACGAAUACUCACUUUGUCUAAUAUGCAGUUUUUUCACAAAUAUUGCUACAAACCACUUGCCUUGAUUCUUGCUUGCGGUACCGGUACUAAUAUCAUAGGACAACUCGACAAGUUGACAUUGGUUUUUGACAAUGCCGAUUCAUGGUAUGUUACAGUUCUUCAUCAACUCAUCUUCUUACAAGCUUCUUGUCAUACAAUGAUCUUUCACGUAACUGACGGAAUGGAAAAUUGGAAUGAGACAGGUCGAGGAAGCUUGUACGUUUUACAUGGUGUUUGUGGACGACAGUCUUGCUUUUUACGUACUGUCUAUUUGACAUUGUCUCUUAAACGCUUCACGGAACUAUUAUUUCUACUGCAACCAAAUGAAAUACCGUGCCUUAAACAUUUAACUGUAACAUUUGAACGUAGCGAUUCAACUGUUUCUAAUUUAGAACAUUUGUUCCUUCAACUUUUGGAAAAAGCUUCUGAAAGUGUAAUGUAUUAUGAUGAAAUUGCUUCUACAGUAAAGCGGAUUCAAAAUAUCGAAGCACUCAUGAUACCAAUUCAAUUCAAUCCUGAUCAAGUGUUCGAUGAGAGAAAAUAUUUGGUAGAUGCAGUGGCUAAGACAUAUCUUAGAAAGGCCACAGAUGAUGUACAACAUCUUAUCCCCGUAGAAGUCGUUGCCGAUGGAAAUUGUUUAUAUAAUUCAAUCCUUCUUCUAAUGAACAAUUCAAUGAUAACAACAAGUGAAUUACGAGUUCGAACAGUUAUUGAACUUGUAGUAAAUGGAGCAUAUUAUACCAGAAUGUAUUCACAAUUCAUCGGACUUCUAGAUAUAGCCAUCAAAGCUAUAUGCAAAAAUUAUACAUAUUCUGAAUUGUACGAAAUAGCUGCACUAUGCAAUAUACUUCGAUGUAAUAUACGAAGUAUUUAUCCAAGAAUUGAUUUUCGAGAAGAUAUGGAAAUCCUAAAUAAUAGCUUCAGACCUACUUCACCUAUUAUUGCCAAUUGUAGUAUCACAAUUUUCUGGUCUCAUGCCUUAAACGAGAUAGAUGUACGAGCGCAAAAUAAUAUGACAUGGAGUCCCAAUCAUUUUGUUCCUCUUAUAUCUCCACCUGUAUAUGAUGACUCCGAUAAUAUAAGUCGUCAAUCAGUGUCAAAAGUUGUGACUCCCGGAAAAAGAACUUUCAAGAAUAAUACUCCCAUCCAGAUGCGAAUUCCUGAAUUUCAAGCUUCACCCAGCCAACGUCGACGCAAUGAACACAGCAACGAAACUAGUUUCGCUCAAUCAACUACCACAGAUGCAAUACGAGAAGCACAGAAUGAGAUCCAAGCACAAUACCAAAGUGUCGUGGAACAACAAAUAAAACCAAGUCAAGAGAAUCCAGUGAAUGAAACAAUGGAGCAUCGUCGAAUGCAACUGGAAACGCAAAAGCAGCGAAAUCAAAGGAAUAGAUCAAAUGAAACAGCUGAAGAGCGGCACACUCGAUUGGAAAAGCAAAAACAACGGGAUCAAUGGAACAGAUCGAACGAAACAGCUGAAGAGCGUCAAAUUCGAUUGAAAAAAGUAAAAGAACUGGCUCAAUCGAGUCGUAUGAACGAAACGGAAGAACAACGUCAGAUUCGACUAGAAAAACAAAGAAAGCGAAGUCAAGCAAACAGAGCUAAAAAAAUAGCUGAAAAAUCUACAUCUAAUACACUGAAUACACAACAACAAAACUUAUCCGCUAAACUGAACGAAACUGAACCUAUUUCACUAUGUGACACUCACGACACUCACCAUUUUACAAGCAACGAAGAUAUCAACAAAAAACACAAAGGUCUAUUUCCUCACUUUGGCCAGAAUUCAUCUCCCGUAACCUGA